AUGAAAGACAAAGGCAAAGCUGUUGAAGUCUCUAGGGGUUACUGGUUUUCAGAAUACUCUUCUUCGUCAGACCUGCCCUGUAGGAAACACCCAUCUUCCUCAUCAGUUGGAAUCUGCGCUUACUGUCUAAAGGACCGAUUGGUAAAGCUUGUCUGCUCUGAUUGUGGAGAGCAACGCCUCUCCUCUUGCUCCUGCUCCGACGUAUCUUCUUACCCCAAUUCUUGCUCAGUCGAGGUUGGUAGUGUUGGUCGGAUUUCAUUCCUCAUUGAAAACGAGAAGACUGAUUUGUUACGUUCCAAUUUGAAGCCAGUCUCUGAUGAGAAGAAGUCUGAUUCUGUUGUGGUCCUCAAAAGGAGCAGCAGCAGGUCCAUUGAUGUCAAAAAGAGUGGACUUUGGAUGUUUAGGAAGUUUUUCAGGAAGAAAAAAGAGAAGGGUCUGGAGAUUUCUGAGAAAAACACAGGAGUAUCUGAAGAUAAAGAUGAGAUAUGGAGUUUUGAUCAUAUGGGUAUGUCUAGAUCCAGGUCUGUUAGCGGUUUCAGGACUAGUCUUGAUGAGACAACAGGGAAUGGUGGCCUUCCUCUCUCAGGCAAUAGAGAUAUGGUUUCGGAGUCUCUUUUUCAGGAUAACCCCACUACAGGUGGCCUUAAAAGUUUCCAAUUAAGUGGUUUAUCAGAGAAAUCACAGGGGGAUUGCCAUAGUCUUAGAGCUGUAAAUAGUAGAAGUUCAUGGCCAGUAGCAGCUGAAGCUGAUUUCAAUGGCUUGGAUGAAUCAGGCUUUAUUGACUUGAAGCUUGAUUCAUCUUCAGAAUUAAAAGCAGUGGAGGUCUCUGAUCUGAAGAUGGGUGGUUUCUCUGAAUCAGAACAUGGUUUUAGCGGUGAAAGAGUGCGUGAUAUCUCAAAACAUGGGUUUCAAUCUUUUCGUUAUUCGAGUGGAGCUGAGCUGUGGAGUAAUGGAGGGUCGUGCAGGAUCACAGUUAACGAGAAGGGAAUAAAGAAAAGCAACAAAAGCCUGAAAGUAUGGAGAUGGGUAUUCAGGCAUCAUUAA